AUGCCACUUCGCAAAGUGUGUAGUGAUGCCCUUCGGAUUGAUUUGGCUGCGCCCGAGGGAUGGACGUUUGCUCCAGGUGACACGGUAAUCGGUGACGUGGUUCGUUGCGCUCCCAUUGUCACUGCCGAUGCGAACGUCAAUCUAUUUUUGAGAGGUCGUAUACAGACAAGUAGAUCAAGUGUGGGCAACAGCGGCUCAUUUUCAACCGACCCUGCCAUUGCCACUAGUCAACCUGUUGCCUCCGAGCAGAUCCUGCUUGCAAAACGUUAUCCGAUCUUCCAAGGCCCCCUACACAUUCCAGAUGGCGGAAAUCCAAUUUCUUGGUCAUUUACCACGGAAAUUAUCCCUGAUCCCCCACGAAGGGUGUAUGGGAAAUUCGAUGUUUCAUACGAGUACCUACCAGGAACGACGGGUUCAGUUGGUCGUAAUGGUAUGGCCACGUCGACAGCGUGGAUCGAUUACUAUCUGGAGGCUGAACUGCGAUAUUUGGAAAAGGGGACAUUUGGCCAAAAUGAUAUCGAAAGAACAUGCACUGCACUUUAUCCGAUCACCUUGCGACAUCAGCCACUGAAUGAAUUCGAAGAAUUCGGAAUCACAGAACACAUAUUCAAAAGGAAAGUUCGGAGCCAUCGUUUACUCCCGGACGCUCCACUUUCCCCCCUGACUAUGAAACAAAGGGCACAAAAGCGUUUUGGCUCAUCCAAAGUGCCCGAGCUUUCCUUUCAAGUUGGGGUUUAUACGCCGAGUACGAUCCAGCUUGAUAACCCCGCGGUCCUACCCCUGAACCUCAUCAUUGCCCAAGGGGAUGACACAAGCGAAGAGAUUAAAAAAGUUCCAAGGAAAGUUUGGAUUCACUCGAUAUCUCUUUCUCAGGAAACGUGCAUCUUUGUCAAGUAUCACGGAGCCUCUCUGGAAGCCGGGUACAGUCAACCCACUAACAAUGCUCGUUCAAUCCCCACCAAAUCCGUCGGAAGCCAAGGAAGCAUUCAGAAUUUGAAUCUAAAGGAUGCCGUCCGGAGAAUGGAUGAUUUCCCUUGGGAGGUUACCAUUGGAGAUGGAACGGUCGAUCUUGGGAGUGUUCUUCAGAUGGUUCUUCACUCGGAUGGGCUGAGUGUCGCCGGAAGGCGGCUUCAGAAAGUCCAGCCGAUAACCCCCAGUCUUGAUGUGUAUAAUAUUCGAAUUAUGAACUGGCUCAAAGUAGAACUUUCAGUCACAGUGGAGGAGGAGACGUUCAUAUUAAGUGCAAGAGCGCCCGUGACGAUAUUAGCAGCAGAAUGA